GCGGCCAAACUAGUACGCGGUCAACACCGUGCGAGUUAGAAGUGUCACGGUGGCUCCUACGAUGGCGAAGGUCUUUAGCGGUGUUAUUCGGGCGUGUGCACUGACACACUUUAGAGCAAGAGCGCUGACCGUUCAGGUUCUAGGGCUGCAGAGCCUCCGUGGCUUCCGGACGCAGUCCGCUAGUUUGGCUUUCGCGAAGGAUAUCUUCUUGGGCAAAAUAAAUAAGGCAGAGGCAUUUCCCUAUCCAGAGAUCAGUAAUGAAGAGUUGGAAGAGAUUAGUCAGCUGGUGGCACCAGUGGAGAAAUUCUUCAUGGAGGAUGUGGACUCAAGGAAGAUUGACCUUGAAGCAACAAUCCCACCCAAGACAAUGACCGGGCUAAAAGAGUUAGGACUGUUUGGGAUACAGAUUCCAGAGGAGUAUGGAGGACUUGGUCUCUCCAACACCAUGUACGCUCGCCUUGGAGAGAUCACAUCCAUGGAUGGCUCAAUUGCUGUCACUUUGGCAGCUCAUCAGGCUAUUGGAUUGAAGGGAAUCCUGAUUGCAGGUAAUGAUGAACAAAAAUCUCGGUACUUACCAAAGCUGGCUUCUGGAGAGCAUAUUGCUGCCUUCUGUCUGACGGAGCCUGGCAGUGGCAGUGACGCAGCAUCCAUCCAGAGCAGAGCAACACUCAGUGAAGAUAAGAAGUACUUUGUGCUCAAUGGAUCCAAGAUCUGGAUAUCCAAUGGAGGCUUUGCAGACAUAUUCACUGUGUUUGCUCGUACUGAAGUUGUUGACAAGGAUGGGAAGAAAAUGGAUAAAAUCACAGCGUUCUUAGUGGAGCGAGCCUUUGGUGGUGUUACAAGUGGGAAACCAGAAGAUAAACUGGGGAUCAGAGGCUCCAACACCACUGAAGUUCACUUUGAAAACACCAGGGUGCCUGUGGAGAAUGUCAUUGGAGACGUAGGAGGAGGAUUCAAGGUCGCAAUGAAUAUCUUGAACAGUGGUCGUUUCAGCAUGGGCAGUGCUUCUGCGGGCAUGAUUAAGAGGCUCAUAGAGAUGACAGCUGAAUAUGCUGGGACGCGGAAGCAGUUUGGCAAGAAACUUGAGGAGUUUGGACUUAUUCAGGAGAAAUUUGCCAUGAUGGCUCAGCAAGCAUUUGUCAUGGAAAGCAUGGCCUAUCUCACUGCUGGAAUGAUGGAUCGCCCAGGGAUGCCCGACUGCUCUGUAGAGGCAGCCAUGGUAAAGGUGUUCAGCUCAGAAGGUGCCUGGAUGUGUGUCAGUGAGGCCUUGCAGAUUCUUGGAGGUCUGGGAUACAUGAAGGACUACCCCUAUGAGCGCUAUCUCAGGGACUCCAGAAUUCUGCUGAUUUUUGAGGGUACUAAUGAGAUCCUGCGAAUGUUCAUUGCUUUGACUGGGAUGCAAUAUGCAGGCAAAAUACUUACUGGGAAAAUAAAGGAAAUGAAAAAGGGAAAUUUGGGCAUUUUUAUGGAGAUUUUUAGGGAGAAAUUAUGGAACUCCUUAAGCAAAAAGAUUGACCUGGGACUUGCAGGGCCUGAUGGUGUUGUGCAUCCAAGUCUGACGGACAGUGCCAAGAAGCUUGAGGAGAAUGUCUUUUAUUUUGGGAAAACCGUAGAUGGUCUACUGUACCGAUUUGGCAAGAGCAUCAUUGAUGAACAGCUAGUCUUGAAACGAGUAGCCGAUGUGCUCAUUAAUAUCUACGCCAUGACUGCUGUUUUGUCUCGUGCCAGCCGCUCCAUUACCAUCGGCCUUAGAGAUCACGACCAUGAGGUCCUUCUGGCAAACACCUUCUGCGCUCAAGCACACUUCCAAAACAAUUAUCGUCUUGCACAACUGGAGAAAAACUCCCCUGAAAACCAUGACGCAAGCAUCAAAAAGAUUGCCCAGCAGAUUCUCGAGAGACGGACCUAUGUCUGUUCCCACCCACUGGACAGAUCCUUCUGACGUCUUACACGUCGUGUGUUGCUUUUUUAUUGAGGAUCUUUAGUAGGUCGCUGCUGUGUAAUAAAGAGGUAUUGUAAGCUUUGUUAA